UGUAGAUACAGAUGGGAUACAGACUUUAAAAACGAUCUAACAUUUCCAGUUUGUCGAGAAGUUAAUUCAGCAUUUUAAUGGAUACCUAUGUGUGAUAAAUGUACGCAUUUGAUUGUAUGCUUUGUCUGAUUGACAGUUUUUCCAUAUAGCCGAUCUAUGCUGAAAGGAUAUACAGUCAUGCAGUGAUCACUAAUUAUUGUGGUUGUUUAAGAAAGCGCAGAUGAAAUCGGCCACUGUCAAUAAAUAAAUGGAGACUGCGAGGACUUGUAUGAGAAUGGGUAACAAGUGUUCUAUAAAGAGGCUGAUACGAGGUUAACUUCAUUCACUGGAAACUUCAGAUUUGGGGAACAUGAAGUUGUCUUCAGUCAGAAUGGGAGUCGUCAAGGUCAUGUUGCUCAUCUUUUUGGCCAUUCUGUUGUCUGACUGUGCAAGGGGACCUCCGCUGGUGGCUGAGAGGGUGGCCCAUAGACAGUCAGUGCACCUGGGGAGUUCCAUCAAGCUGCCAUGCCCUGUUGAAGGAGACCCGCCACCCCUCAUCAUGUGGACCAAAGACGGCCACAACAUCCACAGUGGCUGGACCCGCUUCCGCAUCCUCCGCCUGGGCCUGAAGAUCAAGGAAGUGGAGGUUGAGGAUGCUGGAACAUACAUCUGCAAAGCCACCAACGGCUUUGGCAGUGUCAGCAUCAACUAUACCCUCAUUGUCAUUGAUGACUCUGGUGCUGAUAAGACUGGGCCAGGGGUCCCUGGUGGGGUGGACUCAGAGUAUGACCCUGACCACCUAUCAGGAAAACUAGUGCGUCCCCGCUUCACACAGCCUGCUAAAAUGAGGAAACGGGUGAUUGCCCGCCCAGUGGGGAGCUCUGUGCGGCUGAAGUGUACAGCCAGCGGUAACCCUCGGCCAGACCUUGUGUGGCUGAAGGAUGACAGGCCGCUGACGGAGCGCGAGGUUGGCGAGGGGCGCCAGAAGAAGUGGACUCUGAGCCUGAGGAACCUGACCCCGGAGAACAGCGGCAAGUACACCUGCAGAAUCUCCAACCAAGCCGGGGAGAUCAACGCCACCUACAAAGUGGAGGUCAUACAGCGAACCAACUCCAAACCCAUCUUGACGGGCACUCACCCGGUCAACACCACAGUGGACUAUGGGGGGACUACCUCAUUCCAGUGCAAAGUGAGGAGCGAUGUCAAACCGGUCAUCCAGUGGCUCAAGCGUGUGGAGUCCAAUGGGGAGAGUCGGUACAAUUCCACCAUCGAGGUGGGUGACCAUCGCUUUGUGGUGCUGCCCACGGGAGAGGUGUGGUCACGCCCUGAUGGCUCCUACCUCAACAAGCUGCUCAUCACCCGCGCCAAGGAGGAGGAUGCUGGCAUGUACAUCUGUCUGGGUGCCAACACCAUGGGCUACAGUUUCCGCAGUGCUUUCCUCACCGUGCUGCCAGACACCAAGCCACCCAUCCCCCCGAUGUUCACCCCAGCCUCCAGCACCCUACCCUGGCCUGUCAUCAUCGGCAUCCCUGCUAGCAUGGUGUUCAUCUUUGGUACAGUGCUACUGUGGUUCUGCCAGAGUAAGAAGCACUGUUCCCCUCCCAGCACUCCGGCUGCGGCUGCCCAGGUCCUCCAGGCCUCCCACCGGCUGCCCUACCAGGAGAGGGACAGGAGCUGUGUGGCCCACUUCUCCACUUCCUCCAGCCCAGAGAAGGACUGCCUGGGCUCCAUAAACUAUGAGGAGUAUCUGGCUCAGCAGCAGCUUCUCCUCACUCAGGGGGUCUCUGCCCUACCCCCCAAAAUCUACCCCAAAAUCUACCCAGACAUCCACAUCCACUCCCACGUGGAUGGGAAGGUGCACCAACACAUUCACUUUCAGUGUUAGCCAUGUGCCAAAUAUAAUAAUAUAUGCCAUUUAGCCAAAGCAACUUAUAGUCAUGCGUGUAUACAUUUUAAGUAUGGGUGGUCCCAGGAAACAAACCCACUAUCCUGAUGUAGCAAGAAACAUGCUCUACCAACUGAGCUACAGAGGACCAAAUGUAAUGUUGUCCCCUUCUCUGCGCCUCUGAAGAAUGGCAUUGUACAGUGAGGGUCUGAGCUGUGGACUGAACCUCAGAGAACAGCUCUUUGGUUGUACCUGCAUACCUGCCUGGUCCUUGGUGCAACUUGUUUCAUAUCAACACCACUAAAAGACAUCAAACCCCGAUGUGCACUUUGUACACAAAUCCCCAAGGGAUUCUGCAAUGUGUUAACGGCUAUUCAGACUUACUGAGAGGGCUAUGGGUCCUUCCACCAAUUUGGUGCCUUUUGAGAAGUCUUUUUUGAAAUUUAAUUUUACAUUCUGUCAUAAAGAUCACAUUUUCGACUUCAUAAAAAAAGUUUUCCCAUCUCGAGAGUUAAAGCUAGAAUUCUUAGUUGCUACAUCCAUUUUUGGAGUUUUCACUUAAUGAUAUACACUUAACAAAACAUUAAGAACACCUGCUCUUUCCAUGACUAACCAGGUGAAAGGUAUGAUUCCUUAUUAAACUCCUGUUAAAUUCACUUCAAUCAGCGUAGGUGAAGGGGAGACAGGUUAAAUAAGGGGUUUUAAGCCUUGAGACAAUUGAGAAAUGGAUUGUGUAUGUGUGCCAUUCAGAGGGUGAAUGGGAUAGACAAAAUAUUGUGCUUUUGAACGGGUAUGGUAGUACGUGUUCGUGUCAAGAACAGUUUGUGUCAAGAACUGCAACUCUGCUGGGUUUUUCACGCUCAACAGUUUCCUGUGUGUAUCAAAAAUGGUCCACCACCCAAUGGACAUCCAGGCAACAGGUAUACUCAGGGUAUAUUCAUACAUUAAAAAAAAUAUAUAUAUAACGUAUAAAUGCCUCACGAGCUUAGUUUAGCUGUCGUACCCCAUCAGAACCCCAAAAGAUAAGCUUAUUUUACUCCAAUGUUUGUAAAAAAUUUAAAUGUAAAGAAAAAAACCUGUAUUGCCUCAAAACAUGAAUUUGUAUAUAAUGGAUGGUCAGUUCUUGCAUCCAUACCCCUGUUUAGGAAUUUGAGAGUGGUUACAUUUCUCUAGGCAGUUUAUAACUAGGGUUUAAGAUUGAUGGUGAAAUCUUGGGGUUAAGUGUGUUAAAAUCUUCCUAGAAGUCACAAAGGGUGCAUGGAGAGAUUCUCCAAGUUGUCUAUAUGAAAGGGGUAUUUCAUUUAUUAUAACAGGUUUAUAAAAUCCAAUAUUGUACUCAAGAGGCACUCAUUUCGUGGAACAACCCAUAUCCAUCAGUAACUGUGCUGUUUACCCAUCUCAACUAACCUAGAGGGGUUAGGGUCAGUUUAGACCUUUACCUCUAAACCUGUUGUAGGGCAAGAUAAGAUAAGCUCUGCGAGGUGAUGAUGUUAAAGGACGCAUGGAAUGUAAUACAAAAGGGCUGGUUUUACACUCAUACUCAGGUCAUCCCUUUGAUGAAAAAAAAUGUUUCAUUGAUUGAAUGCACAUCCAUUUAACCCUGACCACUAGUGUCCAUCAAUAAUCCUGUUUCAUUUCACUCACAGUCACCCCUGAAGGCCUCGAAGGGCUAUAUGAAAAUAGAUAGGUAGCAUUUUUGGGGGAUAUUUGAAUCAUGUCCAUAUCGAAGACUGCAAAGAAUAAUAUUGCGCCAAUGUUGACUGUUUGACUGGACUCGUUACAUAUCACUGUCGGAAUCCAAAUGUUA